GCGAAUUGACUGUGUCGAAGAGCGGCAGCACCGACACAUCAGAAUUAACUGAACACGGACCACAGUACACCGAUUUUGGACCCUUUAAGAACGAGUGAUAAUGUCCGCCCCGUGCAUGUGUUCUCACAAUUUCAUCCCUUGAAACGUCACCGAUUUUUCUGGGCAUUUUUUCGUCUUCAUUUAGAUCUGGUGAUAAUGACUAACUAAAGGCUUCGAAAAUCAGUUCGGAAAUUCCACAGACUCAAACAAGCAGAAAAGUUAAACAAUUGCGUAAUCUUGAGACAACCAGAACAAGAAGCAGGUGGCAGCCCUCGCCCUCGUUUGCGUUAUCAAAUGCCCAAAAACAGCAAGGCCGUCAAGAGAGAGCUUGACGACGAUGUCACAGAGUCGGCACGGGACCUGCUUUCCAACGAGGACGCCUGUGAUGAUUCCUUCAAGAAGAGUUCGCUGAUCAUCGGCGGCCAUGACGGCGACGGCAAGGAACGCGAUGUUGAAGAGGGCGGCUCCGAUGGCGAUGAUGAGGAGGAAGAGCGACCAGCCUGGAACAGCAAAUUGCAGUACAUCCUGGCUCAGGUGGGCUUCUCUGUAGGCCUCGGCAACGUCUGGAGGUUCCCGUACCUGUGCCAGAAGAAUGGAGGCGGGGCUUACCUGGUGCCCUACUUGAUCCUGCUGGUGUUGAUUGGCAUCCCGCUUUUUUUCCUGGAGCUGGCCGUGGGUCAGCGCAUCCGUCGGGGAAGCAUCGGUGUGUGGAACUAUAUCAGCCCUCGACUGGGGGGUAUCGGCUUCGCUAGUUGCGUGGUGUGUUUCUUCGUGGCUCUCUACUACAAUGUCAUCAUCAGCUGGAGCCUCUUUUACUUCUCACAGUCCUUCCAGCAACCGCUGCCUUGGGAUGAGUGUCCACUCGUCAAGAACCAGAACAGCACAUAUCCACCGUACAGGGUGCCUGAGUGCGAUAAGAGCUCAGCAACGACUUACUACUGGUACCGUGAAGCCCUGGACAUCUCUGACAGCAUCUCUGAGGGCGGAGGACUCAACUGGAAGAUGACGCUGUGCCUCCUGGCCGCCUGGUCAAUGGUCUGCCUGGCCAUGAUCAAGGGCAUCCAGUCCUCUGGGAAGGUUAUGUACUUCAGUUCAUUGUUCCCAUACGUGGUGCUUAUCUGCUUCCUGGUUCGUUCACUGCUCCUGGAGGGCUCCAUGGAUGGGAUUCGCCACAUGUUCACGCCCAAGCUGGAAAAGAUGCUGGAGGCCAAAGUCUGGCGCGAGGCGGCCACGCAGGUGUUCUUCGCGCUGGGCCUGGGCUUCGGCGGCGUCAUCGCCUUCUCCAGCUAUAACAAGCGCAACAACAACUGCCACUUUGAUGCGGUACUGGUGUCCUUCAUCAACUUCUUCACAUCCGUGCUGGCCACUUUGGUGGUGUUCGCAGUGCUCGGCUUCAAGGCCAACAUCAUGAACGGCAAAUGCGUGGAGAACAACAGCAAAAAGAUUGUGGGUCUGCUGGGAAAUGGUAUCGAGGCCAACCUGAUCCCCAACCACAUCAACCUUAGUCACAAAGUGAGCGUGGAUGACUACCAUCAGAUGAUUGCCAUCAUCAAAGGUGUCAAGGAGGACAACUUUUCCAAAUUUGGACUGGACUCUUGUAGAAUUGAGAAUGAUCUCAACAAGACGGUGCAGGGCACAGGCCUGGCAUUCAUCGCCUUCACGGAGGCCAUGACGCAUUUCCCUGCGUCUCCCUUCUGGUCGGUGAUGUUCUUCCUCAUGCUGAUCAACUUAGGACUUGGCAGCAUGUUCGGGACCAUCGAGGGCAUCCUCACACCUCUUAUCGACACGUUCAAAGUGCGCAAGGAGCUCUUGACCGUGGGCUGCUGCGUGCUGGCCUUCUCCCUCGGCCUGGUUUUCGUGCAGCGCUCAGGGAACUACUUUGUCACCAUGUUCGACGACUAUUCGGCCACGCUGCCGCUGCUCAUCGUGGUCAUCCUGGAGAAUCUCGCCAUUGCUUGGUUCUAUGGCAUCGACAAGUUCUUUGAGGACCUUAAGGACAUGCUGGGCUUCACACCGUACCGCUUCUACUACUACAUGUGGAAGUUUAUCACGCCCAUCCUGCUGUUGGUGCUGCUGGGCAGCAGCUUCGUCCAGCUCAUCAUGAAGCCGCCCGAAUAUAGUGCCUGGAUACAAGCCCAGGCCAAGGAGGAGAUGGUUGGCUUCCCCCCGUGGGGCGUGGCGGUGUGCGUCUCCCUGGUGGUGGUGGCGGUGCUGCCCGUGCCGGUGGUGUUCGUGCUGCGCUACUUCAAUGUGAUGGCCGACGGCGGUGCUGGCGGCAUCUCGGCAGUGUCCUACAAAAAGGGCCGCAUCAUCAAGGAGAGCGCCGCGCCCGGCGAGGAUGACGACGCCAGCCUCCUUCGCGCCAAGAUCACGCCUAACGAGGCUCCCUCGCCUGCGCCUGCCAACGGUAUCUACCGCAAGCAGAACGCCGGCCGCGGCGACGGGGGUCCCGAAGUGGACGCCACGCCUAACGGUCGCUAUGGCAUCGGCUACCUGAUGGCCGACAUGCCGGAUGUGCCUGAAUCGGACUUGUAGAGCUGCCCGGCCCCCUUCUUCCCUUCUCCUCGUCCAUGUGUGCAUCGCGUUAAACAGCCUGGCUGCUUUAGUUCCUCUCAUUUCUUUUUUUGUCGUCUGUGAACCUUAGCAUAAACGUAAAACAACAAAGAGCUGGGAAUAUACACUCACAGGUGACUUCAUUAGGUACACCAUCAGGGUAUGACCCUUUAAAAAAAAAAUGACGUGAGAAAUUGCAAAACAUUUCAUUAGAAAAAUUCAAUACAAAAACACUUGACAUGAGUUAUAGGCAAGCCUUCAUACACUGUAUCGUAUUGUAUUGCAUCGCCGGCUGCAUCAAAUGCUCUGGGGGACCGCUUAGGACCGACAAACCAUAGAUUAGCCACCAUGGCGCUAAAACCAAAGUGAGGCACAGGAGUGUUUAGAUCGACUAUUGUUUUUAUCAGUUCAUCUGCCUUAAAUGAAAUGAUGAAAUAUAUUUUUUUUACUUUAAGCACUGAAAAACAACUCAUUGGCUGUCAUUGAUGUGGAUAGAUAUUCAAACCAAUUGAACUGGGAGGACUGGCAGCGAAUGAACAAAUGGAUUGGACGUCUACUAGUGAAAAACUAAUUAUAUUCACAUAAGAAGAAUGAACAAAAGACACAUGAUUAGACGUCCCGCAUCGUCAAUGGCACUGAACGAAUAACUAUUCACCAUACAAAUCAGCCGUGGGAACUUUAUUUUUAACCAUGAACAAACUACAAUUUUAUACAAGAAUUCAUAAUUAGAUGUACCUAAUGAAUUUUCCAAUGAGCUUGAGACUUUUCCCAGCUUCCCCCCACCGACCCGUUACUUGAACUUUGGAUCCCGCCUUCUUGCUGCCUAAGAGUGCGAGCAAUAAGGUGAACGUGCCAUCGAGCCAAUGUGAAGAAGCAGUCAGCAAGAAGGCGCGCGUAUACGUCCGUGCGUACAUUACACGACUCCCGCCAUUCUUCAAGGCUAAUGUGUGCCUACAACAGCAGUUAUAGAAUACGCCACGUUUGUAUAGUUAGGCUAUUCUGUAAAUAUCAUAUAAAUAUAUUUAUCUGCCUCAUUUGGAUACAUGUUAUUAAGGUUCAGUCAUCAAAUCCUCAUUAUUAACGUCAUUGUUUUUUGUACUAAUGUGUUCAUGAGGGCCGAGUCCUCGUUCUUGUAAAUAGUUUUUAUCCAUGAAAUGGCUUGAAAACAUGCAGCAGAGAAAUGUCUUUUCCCUCCUCUUCUUCUACACUAAACCUCAAAUAAAAACAAAAAAACAAAAGCAAGACUCAAG